UCUGCCGGUGCCACAGCUGCGCUCGCUGAGUCAGGCCCACUUCCAGCUCAAAGAAACCCGACUUGAGCCGGACUCUAAACUCCAGACUCUCUAUUUGGACUGAGUCCUGCAGAGAUUUACCCGGAGCCCGGUCGGACCUGAGGCUGAAGAGAUGCAGGAGAGAAGCAGUUUCGUCCACAGCAGAGCAGCAGUGGCUCUGUGCUUUGUGCUGUUGAUGCUGGCUCAGCAGGUGUGUGCGGGUCCGCUGGCCUCUCGGCUGCAGUCCAGCUCCGACCAGAGUUCAGACUCGGUCGUCCACACGCUGAGGAGGGUCGCUCGCAUGACCCCCCUGUGGAGGAUCAUGAGCAGUAAACCGUUCGGAGCUUACUGCCAAAACAACUACGAGUGCUCCACAGGACUCUGCAGGGGGGGCUACUGCUCCACCAGCCAUCGUUCCCCGUCCGAGCCCGUGAACUACUGACCGUCCUCGGACACCGGACGUUCGAGCCCCAGUGAGCAGGCGUUGAUCCGCACCAGGGUUCUGAUGACCGGAACUCAUCCAGGCUCUGUAAUCGGACUUCUGUAUUUAUACGUUCCAAUUGGUUUCUGAUGAAAUCUAAAGGUUUUUAUGGAUUCACACAGCAAGUAGUUAAUUAAUGCUCCACCCAUAAUGAGAAAUAUCACUCGAGGGGGAAAGUUCCAAAAGAAAAGUCGUGUUUAUACUUGAUAUUUUCCACGAUAGGAUCAGUGAGAAGGUUUUUUUAUUAAGGGUCCGAACAACUUCAAACUUUUUUACCUUUACUUCUACUUCCAUGGACCAAAGUCCCUUCAGCCCUGAUCUCAAACUGUGGCCUUGAACUCACCUCCAGAAAUUGACAUGAUCAUAGAAGCAAAACACAAAGAACAGCCAGUUAUGACGAAUAUCAACAACCAGCCAGAAAAAAAGAAAAGAAAAAGCAAACAAUGUGGAGCUCGUUUUUAAUUUUGUGAAUGUGAAUCAGUUUGAUUUUAAGAAGUUUGUGAAUCGUCAGCCUUUAAAAACCCCUGAAGAAAUGUGCUUUGGCCAAAAACCUUCUUUUUUCCCGUUUAACAAAGCAACCAAAUGUAAAUCUGACUGUAAUAUCAGAUUUCUGACGCAGUGGGAUGACGGUCGACAGCCGGAGUUUUUAAUAAGAGGAAACAGAAACAACCUCAAGAACACGACGUUGAAAAGAAGAAGAGAAGCUGCAGAAGUUACAAAACUCUGCGGCCGUGCUCGAGCAGCCGGAACAUUUUAACAUCUUCGAGUUCUAUUUUAUUCUGUUCAAAGUUGUAUUUAAAGAAAAGUUUGUUCAGGUGCAAAUGAAUCUGCCGAGUAUGAAAUCACUUCAACUACAAACACCUCAUUUAAAACAAAUGGAGGAUACAUACCUGUCAUAUCUAUGUAUUUUAGAUUUUUUUCAGUACCCAAAAUAUACUUUAUGUAUUUCUUUUUAGAUAUAUUGACAAUGAAAUGCUUGUUUUAGAAUAAUAAAUAUCCCAAAACCUUCCUGUCUACGUGCUCAGACAAUCUUCCCAGAUUUAAAAUACCCUGGUCUAUUGGGAACAGUUCCCUGACGACGAGCUGCACGGCCUCGGGGUUUUACUUUCAGAUUUUGCUUCGACUCACCUGCAUAGUUUACGUCAUGCACAGAGCGGGUGGUUGCUGAUAUUUUGUACACUCAGCAUGUUUGAGAAAUGUUUGAGUAGGAUUGCACUUUUAAACCAAAAAUUAUCUUUGUACUGUGUACUGUGCGUACUGUGCGUACUGUGUGUACUGUGUGUAGAGCGGCGGAGGAGGGGGAAUAAAAGCAUUGCAAAAUAA